CGAAGAAUUGGAAAAAAGAAAUCUUUUUUUGAAUAGUUUUACCAUUUUUUCACUCCACAAUUCUUCAUUCAUUUCUGAACAUUCAAAAACAAAGCCUUUUUUUUUUUCCUCUUUAAUUAAGAUGGGCGUUCAAGAACCCGACCCGCUUUCUCAACUGAGUUUGCCACCAGGGUUUAGGUUCUUCCCGACGGAUGAGGAGCUUCUGGUGCAGUAUCUUUGUAGAAAAGUUGCCGGUCAUCAUUUUAGUCUUCAGAUCAUUGCUGAAGUCGAUCUUUACAAGUUUGAUCCUUGGGUCCUUCCCAGCAAGGCGAUAUUUGGAGAGAAAGAAUGGUACUUUUUUAGCCCCAGAGACCGAAAGUAUCCAAACGGGUCGAGACCCAAUAGAGUGGCUGGCUCUGGCUACUGGAAAGCAACUGGAACCGACAAGAUUAUCACAACAGAAGGGCGUAAAGUUGGAAUCAAGAAAGCCCUCGUUUUUUACGUCGGAAAAGCUCCAAAAGGAACCAAAACCAAUUGGAUCAUGCAUGAGUACCGACUUUCCGAACCUCCCCGCAAAAGUGGCACUUCCAGAUUGGAUGAUUGGGUUUUAUGCCGGAUUUACAAGAAGAAUUCGAGUGGUGGGAUGAAGCCAGUUUCAGGGAUGAUGAUAAGUAACGAACACAGCCACGGUUCAUCGUCAUCAUCGUCUUCUCAAUUUGAUGAUGUUUUGGAGUCUUUGCCUGAAAUUAAUGACCGGUUUUUCGCUUUACCGAGAAUGAACUCCCUCAAGAAUAAUAAUAAUAACGUUCAUCAAGAAGAUCAGAAGAUUAAUCUGCAGAAUUUGGGUUCCGGGAGUUUUGAUUGGGCUACUCUAGCCGGGUUGAGUACCCUGCCGGAGCUUGGUCCGACAAGUCAAGCUCAGGCGAUUCCGGGUCAUCAUGGACAUCUGAACAACGUUAAUGGCAACAACAAUAACGAGAAUAACAACAACAUGAAUGUACAAAAUGAUUUGUACAUCCCGUCAUUUCCAAGGAUUCACAUGGAUGAGGAAGUUCAAAGUGGAAUCAGAAGUAACCGGGUUGAGAAUCCGGGUUUCUUCCAGCAGCAAAGCACCGCCAACGUUUUUUCCCAGAGUUUUCACGAUUCGGUUGACCCAUUCGGGAUUCGGUACCCGCCCCAAACAGGGAAUGUAAUGGCGUUUAGGCAGUGAAAAAAAAGAAAAGAAAAGAUUACAUUGGGGUUAGAUUGUGAUAGAUGAGGAUUACUUUGGGGUUGAUAUUGUAAAUAUUAUGGUAUAUUCUUUGGGUUUAGACAUUUUGACUUCUCUGGAAUUAAAAGGCUAAGAGAAAGGAAAAUACGGUAUAGGAGGAGCCAGCUGGAGAAUUUAUCAUUUUUAUUAGUGGUGGAGAAAAGUCAAAUAUUAAUUACCCUCAUUUUGUAAUUUUUCUAGAUUAUUGCCAAUAUUCAAUGCUCUCAAGUAGUAGUGAAAUUUACCUUAGAAUGUUAGUUCAUCUGAAUGUAAAUUUUUUCUCUGCUCAAAAAAAUUGGAGCAUUUACUCGAAAUGAAAAGAUCUUACUUUUUAAUGCACCAAUAAAAGCCAUGC